AUGUCGGCGAUGGUAGAUCGGAGAGUGUCGACGUUGAAUCCGAACGCGCCGGUGUUCGAUCCCGUAGGAUUUCGCCAGGUUGAGGAUUUCUCGCCCAAGUGGUGGGAGCUGGUGACGACUUCGAAAUGGUUCCGCGACUUUUGGCUCAGUGCCAACUCGGAGUACGAGUUUGGCGGCGGCGGUGAGCUGUCAGAUAUGGAGGAAGAGUUCGAAGAGAUGAUCAUUUCGUCCGGUGAGGCUGACACCGGUGGAUCUACGGUGAACGAAUCGGAUGUUGCUAAGUAUUUGAAGUUUCUUCUGAGCAUGGCGGAGUCUGCGAAAGAGAAGCUUUACAGAUCAAAUAUGGCCAUUGCUUCGUGUUCCCAAAAGUAUAACCAGAAGAAGACGAGCAAGUACAUGAAUCCAAACUUCAAUUGCCGCCGGAACCAUCACAUAUAUCAGCCACGGUGA